AUGAUCAAUGAUAAUGAUGAGAAUAUUGAUUUUUCUCCGACAAGUUUUAACGAGAUCCACCAUGAACCCUUUAUUGAUGAUAUUAUUUUUGAAAUUGUUCAAUUCUUUGAAUCGUUGUUUAUUGUUCAAGUUUGUAUGAAAAUUUCGAAACAAUGGAGACGAGUAUCAUUUCAAAUUCCUCUCUCAUUAUCAUUCGCAGAAAAUUACUUUAAACAAGUUCCUGAAUCAAUCAUACUUUUAGCUAAUUGUGAAUGUUUGAAGAAUUUGGUUUCUUUGAAUCUGAAACACAACGAAAUUGGCAAUGAAGGAGUCAAAUUUAUUGCUACAAGUGAAUGGUUGAAGAAUUUGACUUCUUUGAAUCUAAACAUCAAUACAAUUGGCAAUGAAGGAAUUAAAUACAUUGCUACGAGUGAAUCAUUGAAGAAUUUGACUUCUCUGGAUCUGUAUGGCAAUGAAAUUGACAAUGAAGGUAUUAAAUAUAUUGCCAACAGCGAAUGGUUGAAGAACUUGACUUAUUUAAAUCUUAGCAGCAACAAAUUUCACAAUGAAGGUGUUAGUUAUAUUUCUAACAGUGAACAUUUGAAAAAUUUGACUUCUUUGAAUCUUAGCAGCAAUAGAAUUCGUUAUAACCGUGUCAAUCAUAUUUCUAUCAGCGAAUGUUGGAAGAAUUUGACAUCUUUGAGUCUGAGCAACAAUGGAAUUGGCAAUUCAGGCGUUAAAUAUGUUGUUAAUAGUGAAUGGUUGAAAAAUUUGACAUUUUUAAAUCUGUCUCGCAGUGUGAUUGGUAAUGAAGGCGUCAAAUAUAUUACUACAAGCGACUUUUUGAAGAAUUUGACUUCUUUGAAUCUACGUAGCAACAGAAUUGGCAAUGAAGGUGUCAAAUAUAUUGCUGCAAGUGAAUACUUAAAGAAUUUGAUUUCUUUGGAACUGUCUGAGAACCAAAUUGACAGCGAAGGUGCCAAAUAUUUUGCUACAAGUGGAUGUUUGAAGAAUUUGACUUGUUUGGAUCUUCGUAGCAAUAACAUUGACAGUGAAGGGGUCAAAUAUAUUGCCAUAAGCGAAUCACUGAAACAUUUGACUUCUUUGGAUCUUAGAUACAAUGCUAUUGGUACUGAAGGAGCCAAAUAUAUUGCUGCAAGCGAGUACUUGAAGAAUUUGACUUCUUUGAACCUGCACGGAUUUAAUUGGCAAUAA